GGGUUAAUUCACAAGUGAAGAUCACCAUCACAUUAGGCUUGCAGCGAGUUAAGCACAUCAAGAGACGGAGAGAGAGAGAGAGAGAGAGAGAGAGAGAGAAUCCACAGAGCGUGAGCUGAGAGUGGAGGGAGGGACAGGACGGCAAAAGCGAGAGUGUGACAAGACGUAGGCUCAUAGUGACAGCCGGGUUAGAGGAAGGCAGAGCGAGAGAGCGGGAGGAGAGAGGGCAGGGAGUGGAAGAUAAUGCUGGCUGAGAUGGUGGAGGAGAAUCACGGCUGGAGAGGCUGCUGCCUGCUUGCCAAAACUAAACAGUGUGCAAAUCAGGCAGAGUGCAAGCGUGCAAAUUGCAUGACUUUUCCAGAUGUGUGAUGCGCAACUGGCGGUGCUCGCUUAUAUCAGAGAGUGUUUGUGUGAACGAGCGAGGCUGAUUGCCAGCGCGACCAGUAGAAAACGUGCCUGGUGGACCACGCGUAGAUCAAGAAGGAGGACAUUUGUGUGUGUGUUUAUAGUGAGCAUAAGGGUUAGGUGCCGUCUGUCAGUGUACGUUUUUCGAAAACCGUGCCGCUGGAGAACAGGAAAGAUAGCUCAGACAGUUGAAGCAUUUGAGGAUGCCAGGGCAUUCAGGGACAAGCACAGCCCUCGGUUUUUGCGCUCUCGCCUAGAAACUGCCGUCUGGGAACUUCAGCCCAAAGGAGGCCACGGGAACUGGAGUCUCUUUCAGAGGUCUUCGUAAAGGAUCGGUGAGCAUCCAAGAAAGUGUCCAGUGACCUGUGAAUGCAUUCAGCAUCCAGUCAUGGGAGAGUGGACCAUUCUAGAGCGCCUCCUGGAGGCCGCCGUGCAACAGCACUCUACUAUGAUCGGAAGGAUUCUCCUGACGGUGGUGGUGAUAUUCCGUAUCCUCAUCGUGGCCAUCGUAGGCGAGACUGUUUACGAAGAUGAGCAGACCAUGUUUAUUUGCAACACCCUCCAACCGGGAUGCAACCAGGCCUGCUAUGACAAAGCCUUUCCUAUUUCUCACAUCCGAUACUGGGUCUUCCAGAUCAUUCUCGUCUGCACGCCCAGUCUCUGUUUCAUAACUUAUUCAGUGCACCAGUCGGCCAAACAGCGGGACCGCCGCUACUCCUUCCUCUACCCAGCCACGGAGAGAGACUACAGCCGCGAAGGAACCCGCAGACUGCGCAACAUCAACGGUAUCUUGGUGCAGCACCCCGACAGCGGAAAGGACGAACCCGACUGCUUUGAAGUGAAGGAGAUCCCGAACGCACCCAGAGGUCUCCUCCACGGCAAGAACUCCAAGGUACGUCGACAGGAAGGUAUCUCCCGCUUCUACAUAAUCCAGGUGGUGUUCCGCAACGCACUUGAGAUAGGUUUCUUGGCAGGCCAGUACUUUCUGUACGGCUUCAGCGUUCCCGGCAUCUUCGAGUGCGACCGUUAUCCUUGCCUGAAAGAGGUGGAGUGCUACGUAUCGCGGCCCACCGAGAAGACGGUCUUCCUGGUGUUCAUGUUUGCAGUGAGCGGACUUUGCGUUGUGCUGAACCUCGCUGAGCUCAACCACCUGGGCUGGAGGAAAAUCAAAGCCGCCAUUCGAGGUGUGCAAGCCCGCAGGAAGUCCAUCUGUGAGAUCCGCAAAAAGGACAUGGCCCACCUGUCGCAGCCUCCAAACCUGGGCAGGACCCAGUCCAGCGAGUCUGCAUACGUCUGAUCUCCCUUUAUUUUAAAUAUUGCGUGACAAGCGGGGGAGUGGAAUGGAGGGUGGGCCGCUAGAUUGACAAGGCCGUUCGAGUGCCUGUGCAAAUGUUUCUUCUGGGAGGGGAGCGUCUCUACAUAGCCACACCCCUUUCCAAUAAACCAUCCCCACCAUGACAGUGUGUGAAAAUGUUUGAGGAGAUUUGCAUUGGGUCCAGGAGCACACAGAAGCAAGGCAGAGAGGAGGAAUUCUUCGCUUCUGAUCUGGAAAUCAUCAAACUGGGCACAUGCUCUAGUGAAAGGGUGAGGAGCAGAGGUGGGAAGUGAUAGAUGCCUAACACACAACGUUAUGGAAAUGAUAGCAUCUGGGAUUGUCAUCCCACUUUUCUUACUCGUACAUCUUGGGGAAGAUGAAGAAGGGUCAUUAUCUUGAACCAUUGCUGAGCAAGUGCAGAAUACUGUUUAGGUUUGCUCUCUUGGCAAUGAAUUGGCCUAAAACAAACAACAGAGGGGGUCUAAACAUUGUAACAGCAAUGGCACCUUCACAUUGACACAUCACCGAACAAACAUUAGCUUCUUCUUGUAAAAGAUCACAAAAGACGAUUACCUCCACACAAAGCGUGUCCUUCCGCAAAGACCCCCACUGUUUAGCGUUACAGUUGAGCAUUCCUCCCUCUUGUGGUGCAUGAACGUCUUUGUGUGUUUGUGACCAAAGUUGAAAGAAUUUCCAUAUUCCAUGUUGUUCGUCUUUCAAUGACUCAUCUUUUGCGAAGGUCGGUGCCAUUCAUAUUCAGAUUAUUGUAUGUAGUUUAGCACAUGGUUUAUAUUUUGGAUUCUUUUUUUUCCUUGGGAAGAGAGCCAACCCUGCUGAAAAGACCAGCCAUGCAGGUCCCGGCUCAUUGUUGGUUUGGUGCUGGUCAUCCAGAAUCGUCUUUCUAGUGAUGCUUUGUGGACAAAGAAAGUUCAGUUGCACUUUAUGUUACAGUAAAUGAACUUGCAUUGAACUCACAGUGUAUUUUGUGAACCUAGAAUGCACUUAGAGUGUAUUUAUGCAACGAAAUAUGGGUAUCUACAUGUUUUCAAUAUGGGUUCGAGUUAGGUUCAGGGUUGGUACCUAUACAGUACAAAGUAUCUAUAUGUAGAAGAGGACUGUAAAAUAAAGUGCUGCUGAUGGCUAUUCUUUAGUUCAACUAAUGGGGACAUCAGCAAACCAGCUGUUGAUCUUUGUCAAUAGUAUAAGAGAGAUUUUCACACAUCCAGAUUAAAGUCCCCGUGAACCGGAAGUUGAGAUCGUUUUUACUUCCGUAUCUUUUGACGCAUUUCCAAGUGAAAUGGAAUUUUGAAUGAGGAAAAAUAGUGGGCGUGGCUUUCGUCUUUCUCUGCGAUUUGAUUGGAUGUAUAAAAACAGCAGUUGCAUUUUAAAAUGGAACUGGCAGCAGACUGACAGUUGAAGGGGAGGAGUUAACGGAUGCUCCGCCUAGCCGUCUAACAUACAGUAUGUCAUUUAAGAUGGCUAGUCAUUACAGGACGGAAGUGCAUUUUCAGAUUUUAACUGAAGAUUAUGAGGGCACACGAUUUUUAAAAAGAGAAUGAAUCACAUUGAUAAACUAUUUACAAUAAACGCUGCAAUAUUUCAUGAAAAAAUAGGCAUUGUAAUUUCUAAUUUCACUGGGACUUUAAUGCAGAGGUUUCUAUCAGAAGACUUGAGCAUAAAAAUGUGCAUAAAGGUAUCUUUAAAAGGCAUGUUUACAAAGCUCUACCUGUCGAAUGAAUGAAACAUGAUGUUCAGUGUCCCUCCGUAGAAAAAAGAAUCAUUUACAGUGUUAAUUUAGCUUUUUCUUCUGGUCAAGUGUUUAUCGGCAUGCCUUCAUGAUAUAAAAAGACGAAUAGAAAAUAAUGUAUGUGUUGCACUUUCUGAGAUGGGGAGAGUGGAUGGAAGAAAGGACUCACUCUGGGAAGAAUUUCGGCGGUUGAAAAAGAUCCACGAUGAGUGCAUGGGGUUGUAUGCAUCUAUGUAGCUGUGUGCCUUCGUUUACACAGUCAGUGUGAGUUAAAGCAAGGUGUAGCAUCUCUCACAAAUACACACACAACACUAAGUUGCUUAUUUAGACGAUGUUAGCGGUAGACUCACUAAACAAAAGUGCUUGUGCCUACACUGCCCGCACACUAAACAGUGUUGACAGAACCCAGUGCAAACAGGCUCGCUGACAUACCGCAGAAACAGAAAAUACUGUCAGAGAAGAUACGGAGAUACGGAGAGGGGUGACGUGAGAAGGAAAAUUCGGAGGCCCUUUAUCAGCAGCACAAUGUUUCCUGGCUUCGGCAAGUCUUAUACACAGACUUUUGCAGGAACGUGUGUUUGCAUUAAGUUUGACAUGCAUUGUACUUUGCAGCAUUUAUAAAUCAGAACAGAAGUCCGCGUGAGGACGGAUAUUGUCGUUCACACCUAAAUAGAAAUGUCUGGCGGCUAAAAGAGAUGGAAAAUGGGUUAAGUUAAUAAGGCCUUGUAUGCAUGUCAAGUUUGCUUAAUGAACUGGUAAAACUUUGCUUCGACCCCCGUUACCUCCCCAAAUAUAAAUAUAAAAUCUGAGAAAAAAUAUAUAAAAAGAAGUAUACAGGAAUACUGUAUAAGUUUGUCAGUGUUGACCCAAAACUGGACCCAAACAUCUACAAACAACUUUUAUAGUAUCUCUGCGAAAAAUUGACCAUCAUAUUUAGUAUGGCUAAAAAUGGUUCCUGUGCAACUUCAUGCGCAUUGAGCCACUAAAACUAAAAUAUGAAGCACAAAUAUCAAAUCUCUGAGAAUACCAAAGGAAGAUUGGUCUACACAUCUGGACCAGUAUAAAGGACUAUAGCCAUAAUCUUGGUACCAAUCUCAUCCUCUCACACUGUACUUUCUGCCUUUCCAGUGCUGUUAUGCUGACAUAAGAAAACUACCAAAACCAUGACCCCUGUAACUAUGCAGCAUAAAAGGGCCAAACAUCCUUUACAAGGAGAUGGUUUUUAAGUACAAUUCACAUCUAAAUAACGGACGCCUCCCCAAGUGAGAUUUUUCUUCAAAUCCACUCUUCUCAAUCUAUUUUUUAAUAACAAAUCUACAUCAGAGUAUAGAUAGUAGACAAAAAAAUAACUACAGUCUGUGUGAUUUUAUGCAAAGUUUAUCUUUUUUUUAUUUAUUACAUCAUUUGUGAAAUAUGUUUUUGUGCGUCCGCUGUAAUGUGAGGGUAAAGGGGUAUUUAAAGAGCAAAGUUGGGACUUUAAAAUAUUGCCUGGGAAACCGAAAAUGUGGCUUUUUUGCCAAAGUACUGUAUUAUGCAAAUUAUAACUAACUGGGUUUCAGUGAAUGAACUGUUAAAUGAUGGUAAAUGCAUGGAUUACUGGUUUGAAGAAGCAUGUUUUUAGUUGUUGUUGCUUUUUUAUAUCAUCAUUAUUAAUACUGUUGUUGUUGUGAAACAGAAAAACAGGGACAAGUUAGUAAAUAGCAGACUUAAUAUUUUCCAAAUGAAAGAAUGGGUGAUAUGACAAACCAUUAAUGGGCAAAAACUAAUUUUAUUUCCUACCUUACCUAAAGAAAAUUGAAAAUGCACAUCUAUAUUACAGGCAUAUUAUCCAUAUCACUGCCAACAAUUUUAUAGAAAAUUGCUUUCUAAAAAUCUUUCUUAAUGAUUUUGAUGAUAUUUGGAGACAUUAUUGAUUCAGUCAAACCUGCGUGUAUAUUUGACAAUAUGACAUUAAUCUACUGCCAUUGGUCAAUAUCUAAAAUAUGAGAUGACGAUAUUAUGAAGUCAUAAUGUCAAUUAAACACGCAAGUGGACCAGUGCAUAAGCAAAAACUGUCUCAGGUGACAUUUUUUUAAGAUGACCUUUUCAAAUGACAUUGUUUUUAGUGUUUCUACAAUUAGUGCACAAUGUACAGUGUACUUUCAAAAACUAUUUCAAGGUUUGCCCACAUUUUAUAAACUAUAUUAUAGACAAAUUCUUCGUGAUGUGAUAGCCGUGUUUCAGGAAAUUACAAAAACAUGGAUUCAGGUGAUAUGCACUAAGAGAAAAUCAAAACAUGCUCAGACAUCAGUCUGGUCUGUGCCAAGGACACCAAACAUCCAACUCAACUAAACCUAUUAAGUAAUGAAAACAAAGCAAAGUUCAUGCCUUGGUAGCUCGGGCAAAAGAAUCGUUCUAAUCCCAAUGAUAAUCCCUUUUGAAUGAUAGUCACGUGUCCCGAAAUGCUUUGGUAGAAAAAGCCUGUGUCCUAACCACACUUCUCCAAAGCCAACCAAGGUUCUCCUCUAAAGCUCUGCGACCAAUCAUUUGGUUGCAGUUAAACCUUGCUUAUAUCGUUUGCCAUUGGUAGACAUGCUUAUAGUCGCAAACUGUGUGUAGAAGCCGUCUCUUUAAUCUAGGGCCAGAUUUUGCUUUUCAAAUCCUAAUCUUUACCUUUAUACAGAAAAACUCUUCUAGGAUCAGAGUAAAGGGAUAAUUACAGCCCCACGUGUGCUGCCAGGAGAGUUUGACACCCGCCGUAUAAACCACGUUAAUCUCUCAGGAAUAAGACGAGUCGCCGCUUCUAAUCACUCCCAGCUGCUUACGCCGCCGUAUAAACACUGGAUUAGCAUUUGGCAAAGGCAAAAGGGCAGACGAAUCAUCCAUCGCUCGUACCUGCACCGUCACGGGACAAAUAACGUCAACAUACACCGCUGUAACUCAGGAUCUGUGCAAAGGCACCAAUCCUAAAAACUAACGUUUAUAUAUAGAAAAAGUCACAGAAAUCAGGGGACGUUCUGCUUACCAGGGAUCUGCAGACAACAAAUCAGUUCAUCACAGUAUGUAAUACCUUGUGAUUGGUCAUGUGAAACUUAAACUGUUCUGAAAAGAAAGAUGCUUAGAUAAAACUUCACAUUGAAAUGAACAGGAAUUUUGAAUAGUGAGAAUGAAUAGUCAGAUUUGUCCAAAAGAGUUACAACAUAGCGAACAACGAGCCUAGCAGAAAGAUGAAGACAACAACAUGUUAUUCCUUUAUAUUUGAUCAAUCUGUAGCCUAAUACAUGCCCGUUCACAACAAAGACUAUAAAGAAAAAGGUUUAAAUAUCGCUCUAAAUUUAAGACAAUAGCAGCAUCAACACCACCAAUUCCAAACCUGUCUAAAGUUCAUUGUUCUGCUGAACACAAAGAAAGUGGUGCUUGGAUUCCACAUUCUUUGAAAUAUCUUCUUUUGUCUUGAACGAAACAAAAAAAUAAACAGGUUUGAAACAACUAGAGGGUGAGUAAAUGAUGACAGAACUUUCAUUUAAAGGCAUCCAAAAAAAAAUGUUUUACAGUGUAUCUUUUGUUAUCAUUCUUGAUGUGAAGAACCUAAAGUCACUUGUUCGAUAGACUAGUCAACAAACAUAUUUAGCUACAAUGUCACAUGACUUCUAUUUUAGGUUCUGUCUUUUCGAGAUCAUGUAUCUCGUGAUCUCUUACCUUCUCACUACAGUCAGUAGUCAUAGAAACUGUGGUGAGUCACAACAUUGCACCUUUUCGGUCAUUUGCACUGAUGUUGAUGAGGUACAAGAAUGAUUCACCGCUCAGUGUUGCGAUUGACUAAUCAGAAGUACGUGUUCAAAAAGCCAUGUGAUAAGAGUUUAUUCCUGCGUGAGCUGUGACAUUGCAAAGCGUUUUAUCUGUUGUUUUCUAAAUUAUGCCGUGAUUAUAUUUAAAACUGUAAAAACUAGGAAUCAGAAUCGAAUGAACUAAAAGGAGAAAAGCCUCAUUUCAUAGAAGUUUAGAAGUUACAACCGCUGACAUUAGUGUAGGCUGAAAGAUCUGUUUCUAACAUUUCUAUGUUAUUACGGUACUGUGAACUCCUUAGUUACUAAUGUCACUACUGUUUUCUGGAUUCAUAUUUAAAUUAAUAUUAUUAACAUAAAUGUAUUUUACAGCAAAUAUGUUGUUUUCUAAACGUAGAAUUAGGAAAAGAGGGGAAAACAUCCUUUGUAUCUUGCAUCAAACUGUACACUGUAAAACUUUGCUGUAGUUUUUGCAGCAGGUUUACUAGUAACUAACUGUAGAUUUAAUUACUACUUAAUACUACUUUUCUAUUAGUACUGUUUUCAAUUACUUGAAUCAAAAUUAAAACACUUUUAAGAUUCAAAAUGAGCAAGAAGAGACUGUUAUAAGCACAGCAACACUGCAAAAAAUGACAUUCUUCCUAAGCAUUUUUCUCUAGUUUUUUUUAGUAAACAUAUUUUAAACUUCUUAAAUGACGGUACAUUUACAUAACAAGAAAAUGACCUAAGAUACUUAGUCUUGUUUUAUGAAAGAAAAAUAUAUAAACUAUAGGUAAGUUUAUGCGUAAAACAAAAUUGUAAAUUAAGUCUACGGUAAAUUACUGGCAAACCUGCUGCGAUAUUUAAGGCAAAGUUUUAUUUUCAGGUCAUUUUUUUGUAGAAUUUAGAAAUGAUCAAACACACAGGACGAGUCAAUCAGUGACAGUUUCAGAAGACCUCAGAGAAGGGUCUCGCCCAACUACAACUGUUAUCAACAGCAAAGCAAGUUUUUUAGUUUUUUUAGUUUUAGUUUUUUGAUAAUGGAUAUAUAACAGAUGUUAGACAUGCAAUUGCAUUAUUGCGACCUCCCAUCACACCUUCUGCCAUGUGGUUUAGGGUAACACCUGCAGCCACGUCCUUUAGAGAUUAUGCAAUCUGCGACCCUUUAAUCCUGUGUGAUAUCAGCACUCUCAUUACUUAUCUAAUUAAAAUGUGCUGGGAUGAUUAGGAUUUAGAGUUAUUUCCUCUUUAACUCAGAUUUUCUUCCUUUUGUUUUUUGUGGAAAUGGUAUGUAAGGUCAACAAACAUGGUUGUUCAACUCAGUGUGCAAAAUGUUGCACUCCUUAAAUAUCAAAGGGUGCUGCUAAAAUGCAUAAGUGUAUAGAAUUGUAUGACUAUUGUCAAGUCUGCGAACACCACCAUUUCUCUUUCCCUGUCAUGAUCUCUUUCAUAGUCUUUGCUGAAUUUGUCCCAAGUGAACGAUUCUUACUUAUUUCUUAUGUCUAAAGGGAAAUCUGUUGUUUGGAACACAGAUUUCUAUUUUGUAUCCAGUUGACCUUAUUUAAAGGUUUUGCUUUCUAUAUGUUUCUGACUUUUGUGGAUUGUGUAUGAUGACUGAAUUAAACACCUUGAAUGAAC